CUCAGAAAACAAGCCCCCAAAAUGCUCCCCAGCCAAAGCGGAGCUGGCGGGAGGCGGAAAUUCCAUCAGCAUCCGCUGCGCUCGCCGAAUUCCAUGAGCCAGGCGAGACCCGCGGGCGGUGGGAGCCGCUCCAUGGGAUAGAGCCCUCCUUGUCCGCCGGGAAUUUUGUGGCGCCCUGGGGCCGGCAGGGCCCUCCUGGCGGCGUGGAAAAGCUCAGGGAUUGCCUUUCAGGAGAGAUCCCUGCGGACCUCCCCUGUUGGAAUGAAUGAAACAGCGACUUGUCUUCACCUCUUAUCUAAAAACACGCCCGCGGGUCCUGUUUCUGUGUCGCUGCCGAGACAAUUGAGGGCUCGGGUGUAGCUGGGGUUUUUUUGGCUGUUUUCCCGUGCGUUUGAGGCCAGUGGAAAGUCUCCACCGUGCCCAAAGCUGUGGUCGUGCAUCCCUCUUCAGUCCUGCCCGAGGAUUUGGGAUUCCUUCUUCCUGCCCUGAGGGUUGAUCUUGGUGCGUCGCUGCCGCUGAAUUUUUGUGGGUUUGUUGGAAAAUGUUCUUUGUAGUUUGUUGUUGCUGCUCCCUUGGCCUCUCGGUUGGCACUGGCUGGAGAGCCCGAGGCUCGGUGUCCUCUUGCAGAAGAAGUUCUAUCCUAAUGGCUGUGGACGUGGGAAAAUCCCUUUCUGAAGCCUCUCUGAGCGGGAAUGCCGAGGACGAUGGUAGUUGGGACUGCACAGAGGUGGAUGUGGAUGUGGACAGCCUGGAACUGACAGACAGCCUGCACAGGCUCUCAGGGGCAGAGGAAGCCAAGCCCAGCCCGCAAGGGAUGGAUGUGGCAAUGAGCAGACACGGUCACUUGGCCACUGGUGUCACUCAGGGAGACUCCAGCUGCCAUCCAGCAGUGUCUUCAGCAUCUGCACACGGAUUUUUCAGAGCAAGAGCAAACCUUUCAGAGAAAGAGACGCUGGUUUGUCGAGGUGCUGCUGGUGGUGACGUGCCUCCUCGUGUCAGCCACUGGUCCCUCUCCUCAGAAGAGCAGCAGGUGAAGCCAUCGGGCUGUUGGGAUCCGGCAUCCAGCCCUCCCAGCCGGCGCAGCUCUGCAGAGGAGAACGUCCUUCCUGACAGCUGCCACGAUGCCCCUGUUGGCCAUCGGAGACAAAGUCUGGGAGCCCAAUCCUCAUCUCCCUCCACCCGAGAGCUCCUGCAGCCCCAAACCCCCCCCAGCCCAGAGAGCGCCCUGCGGAGCCGCUCCAUGUUGAGCCUCUCCGCUCUGUCUUUGGGAAGGAGCGGCCUCUCCGAGGAGCCAUCGGGAAGCUUGCCAGCCAGCAUGGAUGUCCCUUCUCCAGCAGCCACCAUGGCCACCAGGGACCUGUGGUGCCGACAGGGAGCAGCAGAAGGCAGGGCCCUGCAGGCGCCUUUCCUCGAUUGCCACGCCACCGUGGAGCGCAUCCGGGAGGUCUCCUCCUACCAGUCCGAUUACUGGGCCUGUGCCAUCCCAGAUUCCUUACCCCCGUCUCCAGACCGUUGCUCGCCCCACUGGAACCCCAACAAAGAAUAUGAGGACUUGCUGGAUUAUGCUUAUCCGCUGAAGCCGAGGUACAAGCUGGGAAGGAUGCCAGAGCCUGUCCUCCAUGACUCAGGAGUCGGCCUGGACAGCUUUUCUGCUUCUCCUGAGGGCACGCUGAGGUCCACCAGCAUCUACGGCCCCCGAGGUGGGCAGGCUCAGGGAAGCAGAGAAAAUGGACGUUGGGAAUUGGUGGCCUCUGCAGAGAGAUUCUCCACCCCAGGGCCUGGAGAAAGAGGCUGCCCAGGAGCCGGAUUGUUCUAUGAACCUUCACCUAUUGCCAAAGCAUCCUUUGCAAGAAGCACUUCCUCUCGUCCUUCCAGAGGUUUUGCUAAGGAUGUAAGAAUGGAGUCAGGUGGGCCAAGUUCACCUGGGCACCCUGCUGUGGAUGGGAGGAGCUGGUGUUCCAGAGGGAGCCCUUUCCCAAACCUCACAGGGGAGGCAAAAACCACUGCUAGGUUUUUACCUAUCACAGGUGUGCUCCCCCUGAGAAAGGAGUGGGAAGGGGAUGAAGAAUUUCUUUCCCUGCCUCCAAGACUGCAGGAGCUGGAAAGGCUGGCUCAUUUUCUCUCCAGUCUUUCCUUAACUGUAAGGACGCCCAGGCAUGACCACCAUAACCUGCCACGUCACAGGCAGCCCCUUUCAUCUGGGCUGGCUCCUUUUGGAGAAGCGAGUGGCAGGGACAAAAGAGGGAACACUGAGGGUUAUGCUGGGCUGUGGCAGCCCUGCAGCUCUCGAAAGCCCAGCUGGGAAAACACAGAAUCGUGUGGCUGGAUCCAUAGGGAUCCCCUCCGGGGGCUUCAUCUACCGACCGGUCUCAGGGACACGUUGGAUGGGAUGUACCGAAAUGAGCCACGGGUCAGGGGACAUCCAAUGAAGAGCCAGCAGAGCGAGUCCCUUGUCCAGUGUGUCAAGGUGUUUUGCUGCCAGCUGGAGGAGCUGAUCCGUUGGCUGUACGACGUGGCCGAUGUCACCGGCAGCUGGGUGCCCCCCUCGCCGGAUGCCGGGAGCGUGACAGCAUCGCUGCACCGCUACCUGGAGUUCAGGAAGGACGUGGCCAACCACCGGAGCCUGACGGAGAGCGUGCUGGAGAGGGGAGAAGCUCUCCUGGACUGCAUGGCAUCAAAUUCCCCGGCUCUGAAAGACACGCUGGGUUUGAUUGCAAAGCAGUCGGAAGAGCUGGAAAGCCACGCAGAGCACCUGUACAAGUCCAUUCUUGCUGCUGUGGGUCCUGUGCAGGGCAAGGACGAGGUGGAUCAGGAGGGAGAUGCAGCACAAAGCUGCCCCGUGGAACUGGAGAGACAAGUGUUUCAGGAGUGUCAGCCUCUCACAACAGGAUAAUAUCUUAAAUGAUGCUGCCUCUGUCAGACCUGGACUUCGUUAGCCCGUUGUGGGAGGGCUGAGAAGAACUGCAGCAAGCACCAAACCACCUCCAUCACCACUUGCUGCAGAGAUGCCAAAAUGUGUUCAGUGAGCCCACCAGGGCUUGAGAAAGGUGUGUUGUACAGCAGGUACUCUGCUGCUGGGACGUCUGGAGUCGUGUAAGGAAUGUACAGCUGGCCUUUUUCUGGUUUGUUUUUUUAACAUAGCUUUCCUUUCUUUAUUGAAGUGGCCUGUUCCAUGUGUUAGCAGAAUGUCAGGAACAGAGUUUUUUAACUGAGUAAUCCAUAGUGUUGCCAUGCAGCUCCCUGCCAAGUAAAGCCGUGUGAUUUUAAUA